AGAUGCUGGUGAGCGAGGGAGAUCCUGAGGCUAAAUACACAGAACUGGAAACUCUUGGCAAAGGACUGCGGGGGAGAGUGCAGCUGAUAACAAAACUCUGUGCUCCCUCUUCUCCCGGCCCCUACUGUCUGAUCCCGUCUUGGAGGCACAGAAUAUAACAUCCAGCAUAAACAGAACAAGUGACUGGGGAAACAAGCAUCAUAACGUCACCCCAGAACAGAAGCCAAAUGUACAAGAAGUCGCCAGAAAAGUGGAGUCCUUCCAGUGUCUGUUGCAUCGAAGAGAAGCAGCUGCCAAUGGCUCUGGACCCAGAACACAGCUGCCUAAAGACCCUGUGUUUUGAGGAUUUCUCCAUUUGUGUGCAGCAAUGGAAGCCUUUGCCUGCUAUGGCUGUGGCUGGACACUACUUUCCUUGCAAGCUGGAGAAGGGAUCUGUGUCUAGAGGCUUUCCUCCAAUGGCUGUUACAUGGCUUCAGGCUUCUCAGAAAAGCCUGAGUGGUAGUGCUUGAGUUUGGCAGACAGACUCCAAGGAGAGGUGUAAGAAGACCCAACGGGCAUAUUCCUGGAAAAAUCCGACACAUGCACAGCUAGAGAAAGAGAAAAGGGAGAAAAGACCCAGAGAAGAAUCUGUCAUGUUCCAUUUACUCUUUGCUCCAGGACUUUGUUCCUGUUGGACUGCAGUGUUUUGCACUAGCAGGGACUAAAGGACUUGUUCUUUCUCUGCUGCUGUUUUGUUUCUAGGGGUUUCGGCACUGUGUGCAUGGCAGUGGAGACUGCCACAGGAGAAGAGGUGGCCAUCAAGAAAAUUAGUCUCCUGCAAGAGAGCAGCAGCGAGCUGUGCCUGAAUGAAAUCCAGGUCAUGCGUGGCAGUAAGAAUGCCAACCUUGUGAACUAUGUAGACAGCUACCUGGUGGAUGAGGAACUCUGGCUGGUGAUGGAAUACAUGGACGGAGGUUCUUUACAUGAUGUCAUCAGGGAGACUCGCAUGGCAGAAGGAGAGAUAGCAGCUGUCUCUCGGGAGUGCCUGCAAGGCCUGGAUUUCCUGCACUCCAAGCAAGUGAUCCACCGAGAUAUCAAAAGCCACAACAUUCUCCUGGGCUUGGAUGGAUCAGUCAAGUUGGCUGAUUUUGGCCUUGCUGCUCAGCUCACCACCGAGCAGAACAAACGGAGAUCAGCUGUUGGAACAACUUACUGGAUGGCGCCAGAAAUUUUCACCAGGAAGCCCUAUGGCCCCAAAGUGGACAUCUGGUCCUUUGGCAUCGUGGGGAUCGAGAUGGUGGACGGAGCGCCUCCGUACCUGAUGAAAACCUCCCGCACGGUUCAACAGCUGAUAAGCACCGGGGCCCCCCCGAAGCUGCAGAAGCCCAGGCAGCAGUCGGCGUGGCUGCGAGACUUUCUGCACUGCUGCCUGGAGAGGGACGAGGACAGGCGCUGGUCUGCCCAGGAACUUCUGCAGCAUCCAUUUGUAACAUCAGCCAAGCCAGCCUCCUCCCUGACGCCUCUGAUCAUGGCCACGCAGGAGUUCAUGGCCGACAGGAGAUACUAGCCCUGGAGGAGGCCUUUGUUGUUGUUUGUUGUUUGAAGUUUGUAGUUUGUAGUUUAUAGCUCGUAGUUUGUAGUUUGUUAUGAGUGAUAGUCAGAAUAAAUACUGUAAUAAAUAAAUAAAC